AUGGCUGAGGUGGCAGGAAUUCUCGGUACGACUGCCGGUCUGAUAUCCCAGGGGCUCCAGGUGUAUGGCGCAAUCUCCAAGUAUCUGGAAGCUGUCAAGGGGAGACAGCGAGAACUCGACUCUGCAAGGCGAUUGGGCGACAAUUUGAAGCGCUGCAUCGACGCUAUCUCUGUUGCGACAUCCAAACCCUCCUUUCGCAAUUUGGCAUCCAGCGACCCACUCGACGCGACCCUGGCAAGUUGCCAAAGCGAGCUUGUCGCCCUGGAAGCAUUGGUCAUGCGGCUGCAGGGACCAUCUGCGCCCAUCAGCACGAUAUCUGGAAGGUUUCUAGAAAAGGGGAGAAAGCUAGCUUUCCCUUUUCAUCGGGAAACCAUGAUCGAACUUGAGAAGAAACUAGGUUCAGCGAUUGUGGUUCUCCAAACAGCAAUGCAGGCCUUGGGCUUGUGA